CGUUGUCAAAUUCACCUGAUGCCAUCGGUAAUCAGUUGAAUGGCAAAGGCUUGAGUUGUUCCUCCGUUCGAGUCCAGUAAAUUUAGCAUCGUCGUGGCUUUCAUUCCAAAUAUCUGGUGUUCGUCUAUUGCGUAAGUAGUGUGCGAUUCACCAGUUAUCGAACCAUCACCUCUUUGGAGCUGUAAACAUGACCGAACCAAACACCUCGAAUGGAAUUUCUGCCACGAAUUCAGUUUCACAACGUACUGUUGAAGAGGUCGAAAUCCCAGUUCCGUGGGGCAUUGUUGCAGCUAAAUGGUGGGGAUCACGCGUGAAGCAACCGGCAUUAGCUCUACACGGUUGGCAAGAUAAUGCCGGGUCAUUUGACCGAUUGUGCCCAUUGCUGUCCCCAGAGAUACCGAUAUUAGCAAUCGACCUUCCAGGACACGGGAAAUCAUCGCACUACCCGAAGGGAAUGCACUAUUUUAUCUUUUGGGAUGGAAUCACUUUGAUUCGUCGCAUUGUGAAAUACUACGGUUGGACAAAUAUUACCCUAAUUGGUCAUUCGUUGGGCGGAGCGCUCAGCUUCAUGUACGCUGCCAGCUUUCCAGACGAGGUGGAUCGAUUUGUCAGUAUUGAUAUUGCAGGACCAACCGUGAGAGAUGCGCACAAGACAGCUGCCAGCACAGGUGAUUGUAUUGAUAAGUUUUUGCACUAUGAAACAUUGCCGGAAUCAAAAAUGCCGUGCUAUGGGUACGACGAAAUGAUUGAGCUGGUUCUGGCCGCUUACGAUGGAUCGGUGGAUUAUGACUCUGUAGAAAUAUUGAUGCGCCGUGGAAUGGCACUCGCGCCGGCUCACUUCAGUAAGGACGGCUAUCAUUUCGCUAGGGAUCUUAGGUUGAAGGUCGCUCUGUUGGGUAUGUUUUCUAUGGAACAGGUUCUGUCGUAUGCAGAGCGUAUUAGGUGUAAAGUACUAAAUAUACGUGCGAAUCCUGGGAUGAAUUUCGAUAAUCCGCAUGUCUAUGAGAGCGUAUUAGACGUGCUGCGAAAGAAUGCAUCAAAAGUUGUAUACUAUGAGAUCCCAGGAACGCAUCAUAUACAUCUUGUUGCACCCGAUAAAAUAUCGAAGCAUAUAGACGAAUUUCUCAUGGAAAAAUGAAUUGAUUCCGAUUUAACAAAUCGUUAAAUGAAGUUAAAACAGCUGCUUAUACAUCUAAUGGGUAUAUUAUAGCGAUAAUGUAGGUUUUAUUAUUUAUGCGGGUGCUAAUUUGUUGACAAACAUUAAAUCAGUAGAUAUAAUGGUUUAGUAAUAACAAAGGUUGAAAUAAAAUCCUUUGGAAAUGGAA